CCGCAGUUCGUGACCUCAUCCGAGAGUAUUACGACGUUUUUCCAUCGUCGUUCUCGUACGCCGGCAUCCCACCGAUGCGUGACGUCGAACACUCCAUUCAGCUUGUGCCUGACUAUCGUGUUCACCACCAGGCACCCUACAGACUCUCGAUCCCCGAGGCCACCGAACUCAAGCGUCAGCUUAAGGAGCUCCUGAGACUGGGUUUCAUUAAACCCAGCAACUCCCCGUGGGGUGCACCCGUCCUCUUUGCUCGCAAAGCAGAUGGAACUCUCCGUCUCUGCAUCGACUAUCGCGGUCUCAAUCGCUACACGGUUAAGAACAGCUACCCCAUGCCUCGUUCCGAUGAGUUGUUCGACCGCCUAGCAGGCAACCGCUUCUUUACGAAGAUUGAUCUUCGUAGCGGUUACCACCAGAUCCGCGUCGCUGCAGCCGACCAGCCGAAGACAGCGUUCCGAUCGCGCUUCGGCCACUACGAGUUUACGGUGAUGCCAUUCGGCCUCACCAACGCACCCGCCACCUUCCAGAGGGCGAUGAAGGACAUCUUCAGGGACAUCCUGGAGCAGUACGUUCUCGUCUACCUCGAUGACAUCCUGGUCUACAGUCGUACCCUUGAGGAGCACCUCAGACACCUCCGCGACGUCCUUGACCGCUUGCGCAGACAUGGCUUCUACGCCAAGCUGAGCAAGUGCCGCUUUGCCCAGCACAAAGUGGAUUUCUAAGGACACUACGUGUCUGACCAGACGAUACAGCAACAUCGCAAAGACUUAGUUUAACCAAAAGCUGCAUGAACGAGAAAUUCAAACUCAAUCUGCACGAAUCAGAAUCGGCACGACCCAAAAUCGGGCAGCCGUAGCACGAACCAGAAUCUGGCAACAGUGGCGCAAAAUGCAGCAACACUGAAUCAGAUGUAAAGUUGUAAACCAAUCAAAGUCGUAUGUUCAUUCAAUGCAAUUAACACAAAUUUAACAGGGUUGAAAAAACCAGCAAACAGUCGUGCAGAUUGAAUUUCUGGUGUGUGCAGAUUUGGACCAAAAUGCAAUUUGGGCCACUAAAACAAGAAAUUAAAAAACUGAGAGAAGCCGAUAUGGUCAACAAAAGCCAGCCACUGGG